CGAACCAGUAUUAUGCAAAGCUCGUCCAAACCCUCUGAUUUCCUUAACUUGGCUAAGAAAAAGAGGAAGUUCUCUGAGUGACUCACGACUGUGGUGCUACUAUGCCUUCUGACCCCGUCUUGGACUUCAUUUGGGAGAAUGUGGAGCCAUUUGAACAGGCUCCUUUUCUGGAGCAUAUUUUCGUCUGUCACAUGUAAAAAAGCUGUAUUGGACUGUGAGGCAAUGAAAACAAAUGAAUUCCCUUCUCCAUGUUUGGACUCAAAGACUAAUGUGGUUAUGAAGGGUCAAAAUGUAUCCAUGUUUUGUUCCCAUAAGAACAAAUCACUGCAGAUCACCUAUUCAUUGUUUCGACAUAAGACACACCUGGGAACCCAGGAUGGAAAAGGUGAACCUGCGAUUUUUAACCUAAGCAUCACAGAAGCCCAUGAAUCAGGCCCCUACAAAUGCAAAGCCCAAGUUACCAGCUGUUCAAAAUACAGUCGUGACUUCAGCUUCACAAUUGUAGACCCAGUGACUGCCCCAGUGCUGAACAUUAUGGUCAUGCAAAUAGAAACAGACCGACAUAUAACAUUACAUUGCCUCUCAGUCAAUGGCUCGCUGCCCAUCAAUUACACUUUCUUUGAAAAUCAUGUUGCCAUAUCACCAGCUAUUUCCAAGUACGACAGGGAGCCUGCUGAAUUUAACUUAACCAAGAAGAAUCCUGGAGAAAAGGAAGAGUAUAGGUGUGAAGCUAAAAACAGAUUGCCUAACUAUGCAACAUACAGUCAACCUGUCACCAUGCCCUCAACAGAAACAGGGCCUCACUAUGUUGCCCAGGCCGGUCUCAAACUCCUGGCCUCAGGCGAUCCUCCCACCUUGAUCUCCGAAAGUGCUGGGAUUACAGGUGUGAGCCACCACGCCUGGUCAAGAACUUUAUUGACUAGCGGAGACAGCUGUCCUUUCUGUCUGAAGCUACUACUUCCGGGGUUAUUACUGCUGCUGGUGGUGAUAAUCCUAAUUCUGGCUUUUUGGGUACUGCCCAAGUACAAAGCAAGAAAAGCUAUGAGAAAUAAUGUGCCCAGGGACUGUGGAGGCCCAGCCGUGGAAGUUGGAAUCUAUGCAAAUAUCCUUGAAAAACAAGCAAAGGAGGAAUCUGUGCCAGAAGUGGGAUCCAGGCCGUGUGUUUCCACAGCCCAAGAUGAGGCCGAACACUCCCAGGAGCUACAGUAUGCCACCCCUGUGUUCCAGGAGGUGGCACCAAGAGAGCAAGAAGCCUGUGAUUCUUAUAAAUCUGGAUAUGUCUAUUCUGAACUCAACUUCUGAAAUUUACAAAAACAAACUACAUCUCAGGAAAUAAUCUUUUUGGAAGAGUCCAGGACCUGAUGGAUUCACAGCUGAAUUCUACCAGAGGUACAAGGAGGAACUGGUACCAUUCCUUCUGAAACUAUUCCAAUCGAUAGAAAAAGAGGGAAUCCUCCCUAACACAUUUUAUGAAGCCAGCAUCGUCCUGAUACCAAAGCCUGGCAGAGACAUAACCAAAAAAGAGAAUUUCAGACCAAUAUCCUUGGAUGAACAUUGAUGCAAAAAUCCUCAAUAAAAUACUGGCAAACCGAAUCCAGCAGCACAUCAAAAAGCUUAUCCACCAUAAUCAAGUGGGCUUCAUCCCUGGGAUGCACGGCUGGUUCAACAUAUGCAAAUCAAUAAAUGUAAUCCAGCAUAUAAACAGAACCAAAGACAAAAACCACAUGAUUAUCUCAAUAGAUGCAGAAAAGGCCUUUGACAAAAUUCAACAACCCUUCAUGCUAAAAACUCUCAAUAAAUUAGGUAUUGAUGGGACGUAUCUCAAAAUAAUAAGAGCUAUCUACGACAAACCCACAGCCAAUAUCAUACUGAAUGGGCAAAAACUGGAAGCAUUCCCUCUGAAAACUGGCACAAGACAGGGAUGCCCUCUCUCACCACUCCUAUUCAACAUAGUGCUGGAAGUUCUGGCCAGAGCAAUCAGGCAGGAGAAGGAAGUAAAGGGUAUUCAAUUAGGAAAAGAGGAAGUCAAAUUGUCCCUGUUUGCAGAUGACAUGAUUGUAUAUCUAGAAAACCCCAUUGUCUCAGCCCAAAAUCUCCUUAAGCUGAUUAGCAACUUCAGCAAAGUCUCAGGAUACAAAAUCAAUGUACAAAAAUCACAAGCAUUCUUGUACACCAAUAACAGACAAACAGAGAGCCAAAUCAUGAGUGAACUCCCAUUCACAAUUUCUUCAAAGAGAAUAAAAUACCUAAGAAUCCAACUUACAAGGGAUGUGAAGGACCUCUUCAAGGAGAACUACAAACCACUGCUCAAUGAAAUAAAAGAGGAUACAAACAAAUGGAAGAACAUUCCAUGCUCAUGGGUUGGAAGAAUCAAUAUCGUGAAAAUGGCCAUACUGCCCAAGGUAAUUUAUAGAUUCAAUGCCAUCCCCAUCAAGCUACCAAUGACUUUCUUCAAAGAAUUGGAAAAAACUACUUUAAAGUUCAUAUGGAACCAAAAAAGAGCCCGCAUUGCCAAGUCAAUCCUAAGCCAAAAGAACAAAGCUGGAGGCAUCACGCUACCUGACUUUAAACUAUACUACAAGGCUACAGUAACCAAAACAGCAUGGUACUGGUACCACAACAGAGACAUAGAUCAAUGGAACAGAACAGAGCCCUCAGAAAUGAUGCCGCAUAUCUACAACUAUCUGAUCUUUGACAAACCUGGCAAAAACAAGAAAUGGGGAAAGGAUUCCCUAUUUAAUAAAUGGUGCUGGGAAAACUGGCUAGCCAUAUGUAGAAAGCUGAAACUGGAUCCCUUCCUUACACCUUAUACAAAAAUUAAUUCAAGAUGGAUUAAAGACUUAAAUGUUAGACCUAAAACCAUUAAAAUCCUACAAGAAAACCUAGGCAAUACCAUUCAGGACAUAGGCGUGGGCAAGGACUUCAUGUCUAAAACACCAAAAGCAAUGGCAACAAAAGCCAAAAUUGACAAAUGGGAUCUAAUUAAACUAAAGAGCUUCUGCACAGCAAAAGAAACUACCAUCAGAGUGAACAGGCAACCUACAGAAUGGGAAAAAAUUUUUGCAACCUACUCAUCUGACAAAGGGCUAAUAUCCAGAAUCUACAAUGAACUCAAACAAAUUUACAAGAAAAAAACAAACAACCCCAUCAAAAAGUGGGCAAAGGACAUGAACAGACAUUUCUCAAAAGAAGACAUUUAUGCAGCCAAAAAACACAUGAAGAAAUGCUCAUCAUCACUGGCCAUCAGAGAAAUGCAAAUCAAAACCAUAGUGAGAUACCAUCUCACACCAGUUAGAAUGGCCAUCAUUAAAAAAGCAGGAAACAACAGGUGCUGGAGAGGAUGUGGAGAAAUAGGAACACUUUUACACUGUUGGUGGGACUGUAAACUAGUUCAACCAUUGUGGAAGUCAGUGUGGCGAUUCCUCAGGGAUCUAGAACUAGAAAUACCAUUUGACCCAGCCAUCCCAUUACUGGGUAUAUACCCAAAGGCCUAUAAAUCAUGCUGCUAUAAAGACACAUGCACAUGUAUGUUUAUUGCGGCACUAUUCACAAUAGCAAAGAGUUGGAACCAACCCAAAUGUCCAACAACAAUAGACUGGAUUAAGAAAAUGUGGCACAUAUACACCAUGUAAUACUAUGCAGCCAUAAAAAAUGAUGAGUUCAUGUCCUUUGUAGGGACAUGGAUGAAACUGGAAAACAUCAUUCUCAGUAAACUGUCGCAAGGACAAAAAACCAAACACCGCAUGUUCUCACUCAUAGGUGGGAAUUGAACAAUGAGAACUCAUGGACACAGGAAGGGGAACAUCACACUCCGGGGACUGUUGUGGGGUGGGGGGAGGGGGGAGGGGGGAGGGACAGCAUUAGGAGAUAUACCUAAUGCUAAAUGACGAGUUAAUGGGUGCAGGAAAUCAACAUGGCACAUGGAUACAUAUGUAACAAACCUGCACAUUGUGCACACGUACCCUAAAACCUAAAGUAUAAUUAAAAAAAAAAAAAAGUUCACAAUGAAGAAUGCUUUUUCAGAUUAAAUAAAAAACAGUUCUUUUCUAAAAAAAAAAAAAAAGAGUUAGUCAAAUAAUAAA